AAGAGCUUCAUCGAGAAACACAGUGCGUCGUUGAACGUUCGUUUUCAUAGAUUUUCAUGCUGGUGACAUCAUGCCAGCAGGAUCUUGCUUGACCUAUUGCAUUAAUAACGCAUGGAAAAUCGCCUACUGUGCUGCCAAAGCGCAGUCGCAGACCCCGUACAUCCGACUGUCCAGCACAAUUCAGCAGAGAUAUAAGAUGUCCAUCCGGUUAACAUUAAUAACCCCGAGCGCUUGACAUAUCUGUUGUCGCUCUAGCGCUCAUCUUCUGCUAAUCGACCAUGUCGACACUCACUGGCGUUACUUUGCUGUACCUAUGUCUUGCUGGUGUCGGAGUGUAUCUGUUGAAGCAGGUAUCUGCCAAGAAGAAUCGUGCAUUGUAUCCCCCUGGUCCUCCAGGGCUGCCUCUCAUCGGAAACAUCCAAGACUUACCUCACGUCAAGCCCUGGCUCACCUUCGCCGAGUGGGGCAAGAAGUAUGGUGAUAUCACGCACAUAAAUAUUUUGGGUCAGCACAUCUUCGUGCUGAACUCUGUCAAAACUACAGUGGAAAUCCUGGACAGGAAGAGUUCUUUGUACUCUGACCGUCCGUUUGUCCCUAUGAGUGGCGAACUUAUGGGCUAUGGGCAAACUCUGGCUUAUCUGCGUUAUGGUGAACGCUUUCGCUUGUUCCGCAAGAAUUGCCAUCGCGUAUUUGGCAGUCGUGCUGCCGUGGUUGUUUACUACCCCAUCGAGGAGAUUGAGACACACCGACUCCUGAAGCGCGUACUCGCGAAACCCGAUCAAUUGCAAGCACAUUUACGACACACCGCUGGUGCAAUCAUUCUGCGCAUUUGUUAUGGUUAUGAAGUCAAGGAUGAAAACGAUCCUCUCGUUGACCUUGCGGAACGCUCUUUAGACGAAUUCUCGCGGUACGGCAUUACUGGUGAUUUCAUAGUUGACUUCUUGCCAUCCUUGGCCAAGCUCCCGGAGUGGUUCCCUGGUGCUGGCUUCAAGCGCCUAGCCCGUGAAUGCCGUAAGACUGUCGAAGAGUUGGCUGCUACACCCUACGAGUUCGUCAAAGAUCAGAUGGCCGCUGGCAUUGCCCCCAAGUCUUUCGCCUCAGAUCUGUUGAAGGACCACACUCUAUCCGUGGAAGAGGAUCACAAUGUGAAGUGGUCUGCUGUAUCCCUAUUCAGCGGUGGUGCCGACACGACUGUUUCUGCGACCUACUCAUUCUUCCUGGCUAUGACACUUUUCCCUGAUGUGCAGAAGAAGGCUCAGGCUGAAAUUGAUGCUGUUGUUGGCCCUGAUCGUCUUCCCUCGUACGCCGAUCGCGCCUCCCUCCCCUACAUCGAGGCGCUUGCCAAGGAGGUCCUCCGCUGGAACGUUGUCAUCCCUACUGGUGUGUCUGACCACAGUGUUAUUGAGGACGACAUCCAUAAUGGAUAUAACAUCCCCAAAGGCUCCUUGGUAAUACCUAACAUAUGGUUCAUGCUCAAUGAUCCACAAACAUAUGCCAACCCCUCGGAAUUCAACCCCGAGCGCUUCUUGGCCAAGGAUGGAAAAGAGCCUGAGACCGACCCUCGCGCGGUGUGCUUCGGUUUUGGUAGACGGCUCUGCCCAGGUCUGCACCUCGCCGAUGCGUCCAUCUGGAUAACCACUGCAAUGUCACUUGCCGUGUUUGAUGUUUCCAAGGUUGUCGAGAAUGGCGUUGAAAUCACCCCUGAAGUUGACCACACAUCUGGUUUGAUUAGCCACCCCAAGCCCUUCAAGUGCUCGAUUAAGGCUCGCUCUGACAAAGCCCUUGCGCUCAUCCAGCAGGAUACUCAG